AUGGGCCAAGGGUCCUCGCAGCCGGAGGACGGCGUGGUGGAGCGGAGGUCGCGGUGGGGGCCAGCAUCAGGGUCGCGACGGACCAUGCUCGGACUGCCUCCGCGGCGGCAGCCGGAUGGGGAUGGAGCGGAGAGUGGAGUAAGAGGGGCGGAGACCGACACUGAUGGCGAGAUUCAUCUACAGGACGACGGUCUGCUAAACAACUCCGACAGUCGGAUACGAAGUGUCAACCGCCUGUCGCAAAUGUUCCGCUCAAGCCCGGACCACGUAUUCACUGAGCCGCGAGACCACUCGACGAGCGAUGAGCAACCGCGUGCCGCCCUGCUUCACCGUACACGCUCUCGCUUCCAGGACAUGAUACGGCGAGACCCUGAUCGCAGCUCCACCCGACCCGCACAUUCAUUUCUACAACAACAUCGAUCUUCAUAUGUGCGCGGUAGCCCAGGCAGUGGUCAGAGCAACGAGUAUCUAUCACCGCCGCGCCUGCCCUCCAUCGACCUCACUUCAACCUUCGAUAACGACCUUCUCCGCGAUAUGCCUGAGCCACAGCCCGCGCCUCGUCCCGAGAGCUCGCACCGCCGCGUGCGGUUGAACGCGCUGCGACCAGAUCGGUCGUUUCGACAUUUGACAUCCUCCCUCCGCCGCCGACGAUCACCACCACCGGCAGCAUCAAAUAGACCGCGGGGGAGCGAAGAUCAGGCUGCAAUGCUGAGCAGACUGCUGAGUGUGGCUGCAGCGGCCACGGCUGCAACUCUCAUGGGUGACGAUCACCAUGCGUUGAGCGAGGCAACGAGCUUGACUGGAAGCUCUGGACUGGGAGACUUGGGGACAGCAAGUGGAGAAGACGGUAGCUUCGAUGGCUUCUUGCGAGCCUUGCAGAACGGCAGAAUAGCAUCUGCGCUCCGUCAGGGCGGCAGUGAUGGCGAUGGCGACGGUACGGGUGCACAAGCCGCGCCACUCAACUUCUUUCGCAUGUUCCGCUUCGGCGCAUCGUCCGGUGCGAACGACUCGGAAGCGCGUGAUCCUGCGGUUGGGGAUGCUGGCAGUGAGUCCGGCGCUGGCGAAGGUCGCAUGGUUCCCAUUAUCAUCGUUGGGAUUCGAUCAAUCUCGCCGAAUUCCAAUUCGAAUGCUGGCACUCCCAGCGAGGAUCUUCCACCGUUCAUCGACGCGUUGGGUAACUUCCCGACGCCACUGCCCGCCCAUGCACUCGGAGCCCAUGGUCAUGAUAGCAUUGACUCGAUACUGCGACCGCCUCAAAACGGAACGUCCUUCCGGCAUAGGCGUAGAGCGAGCAUGGGAAACUUCGGCAUGGGAAGGAGCAGAUUGAGCGACAGAAUGGAUGACCAGCGCGAUCACCGCUCUCCAGAGAGCCGUAGAGAGCGACCUUGGAGUGUGGCCAGCACAAGCUCCAACUACGAACCCAGACCACCCCCAGCAACACCGGCCAGCCCAAGCCCUGAACUCAGCCGGAUAUCAAGCCGGAGCACCACACCCACCCACUCACGGCCUACGUCACUCGUGGCCAGCAGCGUGCGCGACUUCAGUAACGACUCAACACGCAACAGCAUCCUCCACCGAGCAUCAGCGACUAGCCCGUUGAGCUCUCACACGGAGGAGACCGCGUCAAUUCGAUCCACUCAUUCCGGCACAGGCCUCUUGGGAGACUCGGAGUCAUACCGUCUCCACCGUCGUUCAGACACGGCCCCGAACAUACAUUACCCUCGUUUCGCAUCAGGCCAUCCGCGUAGGAAUGGCGUCGUGGAGCCUGAUCAUUUACCAGCCUUAUCACGCACUUCGUCGAAUACUGGCACCGACGCCUCGAGCAACGAGCACAGAAACAGCGGCAACGAUUCGAGAAGCUGGAUUAUCUAUGUGCUUGGCGGCUCUYAUCCCGAGAAUCAUCCCAUCCUUACAACACCGAGCCUUUUUACCGAAAACCCGACGUACGAGGACAUGAUGCUGCUUUCAGCUUUGCUCGGACCUGCCAAGGCCCCUGUGGCCACCGAGGAGGAUGUUGAAAGCGCGGGUGGAGUUUACAACAUCACCACUGUCGGUGUGUCCGAGGAUGCUACCAAGACUUCCAGCCUGGUGGCGAGCGCUAUCGAGGGCGACGAUCACGUCGUCUUGGAAGCUGGCCAGCGGUGCUUGGUUUGUCUUUGCGAUUUCGAAGCAAAGGAUACUGGGCGUAAGCUUGUCAAGUGCAGCCAUCUGUUCCACAAAGAGUGCAUCGACCAAUGGCUCACAACUGGACGGAAUUCGUGUCCGCUCUGUCGCGAGCAAGGUGUUGAUGAGAAGAAGAUCGAGGAGGCUGAUGCUGAAGCCGAUGAAGCGUCCGGAUCUCCUGCUGCUGCGGGGGUGGAACUGGACGCUAUAGAUACCGAGCUUGAAGCGUCAGUUGCUUAG